GGGCCAACAGUGGGCUGCACAGCCCUGGUGAAACACCUAAGCUGUGCUAAGCUGUGUGAUUCGUGGUCGAUUCGUGGUCGAUUCGUGGUCGAUUCAUGGUGAUCGUUCAGAGUUAUGAACCGAGUCCUUGGAAUGAAAGUGCUCCAGGAGCUCCGUGGGGUGGACAGUCCACCAUUUGGGACGCGUGUCGAGAUCUGAUGCUGGCGGAGAAGGGUCGCUACGACCAACCGCUUCAUUUGAAGACUCGACGCAUGCAUUUCGAGCUGCCACAGAAUAGUGACCGGCCAGGCAUCCGAGAUCCCCCACGGAGUGCGACGCUGAGGCGCAUGCCACAGUGGCCAGCACCAACCUUUGAUAGCUCAGCUUACAAAAACUUGCAGAAGCUGGGGCCUGAGCCUAUUCCACCUCUGCCAACAGCGUAUGGACGCUUGGAUGGUGAUGAAACAUCGCUACCCAAAGCAAGUGGGCCUCCAUCAAGUCGAGAAGGUCGAGAAGGUCGAGAAGGUCGAGAGGAGGAGAAAUCGGAUUUACCUUUGGAAUUGAAGUGGCCUGGAGUGCAUCGUGUGGCGUGGGGUGAUAAACCGGAGGUCGGAUCGCAGGCAAACUCGUCAAGCCCUCGCUAUGCGCCCUUCCGCUACGGUGCUGCGAUCGUGCGGCAACAGCGUGGGAUACAUGGGAUGGCGGGGAAUGGACCUCCAAGUUCAAGAGGAUCCUCACGGUUGCAACGCUCAGCCUCACAGCAGGCCUCACAGCAGUCCCAAUCACAUUCUCAGCAGACUCAGCAGACUCAGCAGCAGUCGCAGAAUUCGCAUCCUUCGCACCCUUCUCGGUCACUGUCGCAUCCAAGCGGAAAGAACUCCAGAUCGAUUUCAGGGUCAGGACCCAAAGGGUCUGACUCCAGGUCACGAGAUGUCGACGUGCCACCCAUUGAACUCAUACCUCCCUACUACAUGACACAGAAUACCAAGAAUACACAGAGGGGUGAGAGCAAGAAUUCAGCAAGAAUGCAGCAGAAGGCAUUUGAGCACAUCGCAGCUUUGAGCAACGUAUGACUUGAGAAGUGACCAGAUGUUGUCGCCGUGCAAAGUUUUAAACGGCUAUAGCUGAUGGUGCUUGAGCUGUAAAUCGUGCACUCAAGCAGAAAGAAACAUGGAAGUGAUGAAUUUUCAUGUGCCGGCAGGAUCCCCGCAGGCUUUUGAUUUUUGCCGUUGUGACCAAAGGAUCCGACGGGACAUCUCACUAAAGUUCGAGUCCUGGACCGGUUAGUCGGUUAGUCACCCUCAAAGAGGGGAAACCAAAGCCAAAUCAAGAGCAAAGC